CACAAGAGAAAACACACACUUUACCAAGAGGGCACAACACAGAACACACACUGAACAUGCUCUGCUCUCAUGGAUUCCAGUCUGCCAGUCUCAGUCCAUUCAUGGACUUCUACUGGCUUGCGCGCAGUCUGAGGUCAGAGGUCAAACCUCUGCUCUACCAGCAGGAGCUACUGCAGAGAAACCUACCGGAGCUGCACAGCAGUCUGGCGGAGACGGAGCCUUCCCGACCGCUCUCCUACCAGCUGGAGAAAGAUGGAGAGCACUUUGGCCUGAGCCUGGACACAGGAGGCUCCCGUCAGGAGGACGGGAAAGCCUCCUACUCUCACAGACGCCAGGAGUUCAGACAGGAGUUUGAUCUGCCUGAAGGGCCCAACUUAGACGCCGUCACCUGCUACCUGGCUCCGGACGGAAAGCUCCACAUCAAGGCAGCCACAGCUCCAUGGGUGGAGGAGGCUGAGGGAGUGCUGACUAUCAGGAGGAGCUUGGAGGAGGAAACACAGCAGAGUGUGUGUUCGCACACAGAAGGCAGCAGCACAGAGACACACAGCAGCACACAGGACCAACCUGAAAACAUUGAGUUAUGUUGCUGCAACAAUGUAUAGUACAUGUUUCUGUAUUUGUAUGAUCAAUAACUGUGUUGAAUCUU